UUUCUCUCGAUCGUCCGCACCUUCCCUACCCUCCCUUCUCCCUCGUCGUCGUUUUCGGAAAACAACCGGGUGAAAAAAACAAAAAACAAAAUGCAAGACGUCAAAGUCAGCGCCAAAGCGGGCGAGGCGCGCGAGGCGACGGGCUUCGACCUGAUACAGUGGCGGCGCUUCUUGGUACCCUGGCAGUUGAUAUCCCGCCUCGAAGCCGACCGCUACGUCCACCGCCGCCCGCAAUACACGUCCUGGAUCGCGCUGCCCGCGGGCGAGCAGAACGCGCUGUGGGCCGCCAUCAACGCGCGGCUGGACGCGGAGAAUAUCCCGCGGAUCAAUCAGAGCGUGCUGAUCUGGCGGAUGAGCCAGGCGAUGCGGGAGGCGCGGCGGCUGUUUGUGAUGAACCAGGAAGGCGGGGUGGGGGAGGGGGGCGAUACAAGUCAGGAGCAGGCGGAGGAGGAGGCGGAGACGGUGCAGGAUGGGUAUAGGAGUCCGUAUGAGCCGGUGCGGUCACCACCGCCGCAGCAACGGUCGCCGCCCUCUCGACAUCCAGCGCAGACGGAGACGCCGCCGCGGCCGGCAUACGAUCCGGUGAAAGAUGCGGCGGGUUCUUUGGGUGGAUUGGUGGAGGAGGGCAAUAAUGACGUUGCGAUGGGUCUACGGCGGAUGUAAGAACACUUGUGAUAUUUCGGCUUUUGAAUUAUUGUCUUCGUUGCGCCUUGUAGAUAGUCGGGCUGCGGGCCAUCAGGCUCCAAGACCGGAUAGGGGGAAGGGGCAUAGUGGUUAGAUCGAGACUGUACACUUGUAUAUGGGGCCCCUGUCGUCGUGACGAUGUUUUAUAAGAGAAUCGAGAUGGACAGUAGAGGAAGUUAAGAGUGGGACUACUGAAAGAUGUUCGUGGUGUUAAGUUUGCGAUCAUUGUGAGUGAAUGGAAAUGAAAGAUUUGAGGGACUGUUAGUUAUUCACGAUCUGAGCUUGCAUUCAGGUCACCAGGCAAUCGAUGCUGUAUUGCAUGAAGGCCAACCUCACUACGUAGAAGUCGAUACUUAUCUAGGCCGCUGGUGGGCCUCGAUUGUGAGUGCCAGUCCCACU